GCCUCUCUUCGUUUUCUUUUUUUAUUUAUUUAUAUACAAAACUUCAAUUUGUAUCGAGAAUAUCUGGGUAGAUUGGGUACGAUGGACGAUAUCACGCCUGUCAAGCCCGUCAGUAUAAAUACUGGUAGUCCAGUAGAGCCAGCUCCUGUCAAAGAACAGAAUAUAGAGUCACUGAAUAUACUCGAACCUCCAAAAGUCCGCACAAAGCUGCGUAUAUACACCCUCUUAGUCGCGCUCUACCUCACCCUUUUCGUCGCGGCAUUAGACCAGACCAUCGUAGCAACAUCCAUCCCCUCGAUUUCUGCCGCCCUGCACUCCGCUUCUGGGUACGUCUGGAUCGGCGGCGCGUACGUGCUAGCCAACGUGGCCGCGGGGCCGAUCUGGGCGAAAUGCAGCGACAUCUGGGGCCGCAAGCCCGCUCUCUUAGGAGCCGUCGGCGUCUUCACCGCCGCUAGCAUCGUCGCGGCGUUAAGCACAAACAUGCAGAUGCUAAUUGCCGCUCGAGCGCUGCAGGGCGCCGCCGGUGGAGGACUGCUCCAAUUGGUGACUAUUACCAUCUCGGACCUCUUCGACAUGCGGAGCCGAGCCCUGUAUCUGGGCUUCCUCGGCGUGAUGUGGGCGCUGGCCGGAUGCGCCGGGCCGCUGAUCGGGGGAGCGUUUACCCAGCUCGCGAGUUGGCGCUGGUGCUUCUGGAUUAAUCUGCCGGUCUGUGGCGCUUCGUUCUUGCUCUUGCUGCUCUUCUUGGAUGUCCACGAUCCUCAUACUAAGCUGCGCGACGGCCUGGUGGCUAUUGACUGGUUCGGCACCUUCUCCAUAUUGGGAGUUACUCUCCUACUUCUCCUCGGACUGGACUUCGGUGGCGCGAUCUUCCCGUGGGAUAGUCCAAAAGUCGUCUGCUUGAUCGUAUUUGGAAUCGUGAUGAUCGGCUGCUUCAUCUUUAGCGAGCAGCGCUUGGCCAAGUAUCCCCUGAUUCCGCUAGGAAUGUUCAAGGAUUGGUCUAAUAUCGCGACCUUCCUUCUUGCCUUUGCACAUAGCAUGGUCUCUAUCGGCGCCGAGUAUUAUUUACCGUUAUAUUUCCAAAGCGCAAAGCAGGCAUCGCCCGUCCAUAGUGGCCUUCUGAUAUUGCCGAUGAUGAUUACGGAAUCGGCCGUUGACGUACUGGUCGGUAUCGUAAUCCAUCGCACGGGCCGCUAUAGGGAAAUCAUAUGGGCCGGAGCAACAUUCAUGACGUUAGGGACAGGGCUGUAUAUAAAUUUCCGGCCGGAUACGUCUCUCGGGGAAAUUAUUGGGUACCAAAUCGUCAAUGGCAUCGGCACUGCACUCCUAUUCCAAGCACCCAUGAUCGCUAUCCAAAACACUGUCAGCCAAGCUGAUACUGCGUCGGCUACAUCGGCACUAGGCUUCAUCCGCAACUUGGCGACAUCGCUAUCCAUCGUUGUCGGCGGCGUGGUAUUCCAGAACAGUAUGGCUAAUCGCCAAUCGUCCCUCGCAGCGGCUGGCCUCAGCGGACCUAUUCUAGAGGCUCUAUCUGGCGAUCAGGCAGCAGCAAACGUUGAAAUCGUCCAGUCCAUCCAAGAUGCGGUUCAGCGACAGGCUGUACUAGAUGCCUUUUCGUGGAGUAUAAGGAACAUGUUCAUACUAUACACUAGCGUGUCCGCCCUUACGGUCGUGGCGAGCGUUUUCGUCAAACAUCGACAACUAAGGACGGAGCACACAGAGACGAAGACGGGGAUCCAGGAGUUGACAGAGCGGAAGGCUUGAGUGCUGAAGUGGUUCAUAACGGGAACUUUUACCUUAUGGGUGCUCUGGAAUUUGCACUGUUCCUCCCAGGAUCCAUCAACAUUGGGCUUCAGCCAGAAGUCUAGAUCAAGUUGGAUCUUCCAAGGGAAUUCGUGAACUGUCAUAUGUCUCAUAUCGCCUAGUAACGCUAGGUGUGUGUACAGAUUGAUGUCUCCCACCGUUACC